CAUGGCAGCUGCAUAAAUGAUGGGAGCGAUGCUUCAGUCCCAGUGAUGACGAUAAUCAGCUAGACUGAGUGGUACGUAAGAACUCCGCGUGGGUGCAGCACCGGUGGUGGGAGUGUCCGCGAGGAGCCGCUCCACACACAGCUCACGCGCUCAGUUGGGUUCAUAAACUCACCAGGUCGUGAGCGCGAGAGCAGAACGCAGAGUGAACCGUGCGCGAGGAGGAAACGAGUGCGGAGUUUAAUUAGCGUAGUAGCUUUGUUGUUGUUUUGAAAACAAACUCGCGGGAGUAAUGUGUAUUUCUCGGGCCGGUUUGGUGCUGCUCUGCGCGGUGUUAGUGGUGGCACUUGCGCGCAGGAGUUCACCGGAACCGGAGGAUGUUCAGGACAAAAUCAACAGCGCCAGAUGCUCAUCCAGGUGCCUCAGUCUGCACAUGACCCAGCUAACAGCCGCCUUCAGACACAUCCAGAGUGACCAAGUGUUGGUUUGGUGUGAGAACCACAGACGCUGCACUCAGUGCCUUCAGCCAUGCAAAGAACUGUGGGAAACCAGGAAGGUGCUCUCUCUUAAGUCCUGUGAGAAACAGACCGAGUGUGUGACGAGCAGGGAGUUUCUGGCCUCUCUGAGGUCCUCACGUCAGGGGGACUGCCCCGCGCCACAGCGCGCCACGGGAUUCGCUGCUGCCUGUGUGGAGAGCUGCUCGUUAGACCGGGACUGUCCGUCCUCGAGAAAGUGCUGCUUUAACGGCUGCGGACACACGUGUCAAGCACCAGCCAAUUUAUAUAAAGGUGUUCCUCUGAAGCCUCGCAGAGAGAUAAACUUCACUGAGGAUUUAGAAGGUCGUGUGAAGGUGGCGUGGGUGUCAAAGUUCAACGUCAGCAUGGAACCUGUCAUUUACAUGCUUCAGUCUCGCUGGAACAUCGGUAUUCACCCCAGUGAGGACCAAGCCUCUCCAUGGGCUACCAUUGCUAUGAUGCUCUCAGAGCACGUGGUUCUUUCAGAUCUGAGACCCCAGCGCUGGUAUCAGUUCAGGGUAGCAGCCAUCAACAGCCACGGCAGCAGAGGCUUCACCACACCCAGUAAACACUACAUUUCCAGUAAAGACCCAUCACCUCCAGAACCUCCAACAAAUAUCAGAGUGAGCAAUCAGACUCUGGAUUGGACGGCGUCUAAAUUAUCUCCUGAGUUCACAGAAAGGUUAACAGGAAGUGGGGCCACAGUGGCCAUCUUAUUACGCUGGGACCCCCCCAGAGAGGGAGACUUGCCUGUCCACAACUACAGAAUCACCUGGAUGUCUCGACAUAAACUCCCUCAUCAAAAGCGUUCACAUGCAGUGCACAAAUACACACAGGAGCUGAGCAAAAGUGAGACCAACAGCGUGCUGACUCGAGGGGCACAGAGUGAGCUGUGGUUGGAGGGCCUGCUGCCUGCUACUUCCUACAUCCUGUCCAUCCAGACGGUGGCCUACUGGGGUCAAAAGAGACUGAAGAGUCACAGAUCACAACUUGUUUUCACUACGAUCGCUCAUGCAGACGAGGACUUCUCCAAUGAGCUUCCCUCUUCCUCAUCUUCAUCGUCACUCCCCUCUUCACCUUCCUCUCCGACUCACCCUGAUUCUCCCCUGAAUCCCAUCACCUCUGCAACCCUGCUGCUCGAGGUCGCUGCCCCUCAUUACCAUGACAACCAGCUGCAGGUGAAGGUGUUCUGGAAGUGGCCUUAUCGUGCCAGACAGAAAAACAGAGGUUCAUACAUACUGCAGUGGCAUCCUCAUACCUGCAGCACAAAUCUUACAAACACAGAGGGAACAACAGUGGUGCAGAGCACUCAUCACAUCAUCAAAGGCCUGCAGUUUGCCUGUAAGUACAGGGUCACAGUGGCAACUAAGGCUGAUCCCAGGUCAGAGGCUGUUGCCUGGGUUACCACCCCAGCUUGCUCCUCCAUCAGGGUCAGAGGAGUCAAAGCUUUGGCCUGCAAAACUGAAAGUACAGAGCGACCCCUGUCCAGUGGGAAGGUGAUACUGCGCCCAGAACGACUGACUGCUGACUUUCAACUAGUCAAUGACACCCUGGUCACUAUGUUUCGCUGGAAGAUGACCCAUCAUGCGCUGGACUCAGCUGCUGUUGAAGGCUUUCAGUUCACUUGGACCCUGCAGUCCGAACUCAGCAGAGCGAGAGAUGAUGCACGAAUCUCUCAGACGCAGACAGUCUCACCAUCUGAGCGCUCUGUGACAGUCAGUGGUCUUCAGGCAGACAGCACAUACCAACUGCAGCUUCAGGUUCUGACUACAGGAGGCAGGAGCGGGGCUGCGGUCUCAAAAACAAUCCACACUCCAGCAAUCAACAGCACCCUUUGACAGGCCACAAGUUGAAAACUGCACCUGUCUGCUGCACCUCAGCCAUCUUUACCAACGACCACUUUUUUACUGUCUUCUACUGUGCACCAGGACUUCGGCUGCAGACAGCUUGUGCAGAAAUGUAAAAUACAAAAACUUACUACAUUUAAAUUUAAUUGUUAAUAACCUUUGAACUCUUCUACUAUCAUGAAACAUCAUUAAUGUUGUGAGGCUGUACACCAUAAAUCUAGUGACCUGAAACAAAUACAUGAACCUGUACAUUAUGACAGUUUUUAACGUCUCCAUAAGCUCCUACAACUGAUCUUUGCAGUGAAAAUGAUUUCAUUUCAUUUUCAUUUAAAUAAAAUGUUUCUAAUGUGCCUUUGUGAAAACCCUUAGUGAUCUCAGACUGUGCCGGUAAUGCAGAAUUGUAAGUGAAAUGUGUGUGGGUGCAUCUGUUUGGUGUUUUUUUAAAUUAACUUCUUAACUACUUAACAUCAUUAUAGCCAAGGACACAUUUUCACUUUGUCUUUGAUCGUGCUAGUAAAGAAUAAUAGAGCACUGAUUUUAUGUGAAACUGGUCACUGUUUUUCCCCUUCAGAGAUAUUUUCUGCAUAACCCAGAUUUGCAAAAAUCAAAUGUAACUAAGCUCAGAUGUUUUGAAAUGUAUUCCACUUUUUUAGCCUGAAUCUGAUUGAGGAAGCCUAUGCUUCAGGUUUGCUGGUGCUUUCAAGCUUGUAAUUACAAAGGUAACAUUCCCUCUUAUGAAGCUGUGCUAAAUCCCUUACUUUUUCAUUAACAGUUUUAUUUAUUGUUUUCUUGUCUUACUUUCUUUUUGUAAUUAAAACUUAUUAAGAUACAGUGUCUGUGUUAUUAUUGUGGGGACUACUUCUUUAUUUUACAAUGACACAGAGAAUAAAGGCAUUUGAAACUAA